AUGUCCUUCACUAAGGCUAAAAACGAAAAAGAUUUUAAACGCGAAUUUGAAUCUCUUGGCCCUACGAUAUCUACGGACGAAGAUGAUGGGGGCGGAUUUGCCACCGUUGUCGACUACCGCACCCUCUACACCGGCAAACCGACGGGACAGCGAAAGGCCCGCGCGACCACCGCAUCCGAACUGUCUCCCGAUUCGAUCCUGGACAACGUGAUUGGCUUGCUCAAUGUCAUUGUCGCGCAGAACGACCGGCUCACCGAGCGGAACGAAGAGCUUGGAGAUGAGAUCAGGCGCCUGCGGGGCGCGCUUGAGACAUCGGAGGAAAUGCAGUACCCCGCUCUCGCUCAACUUCUCGGCAUCGGGCACUUCCGCCUCGAGCCUGUCUGCAAACCCUACCUUCGAUAUUCGCCCGUCUAUGAAAUCAAGUGA